GUUUCGUAAUUCGCAGCGAUAUCAUUAUCAGCCAAUGAUGGGGACACCGGACGUUAGAUCGAAUAAAGCAACCAUAAUAACAAACUCUAAAAUUACUGUCAGCUGAUUUUGGUUGGCCUGAAAGUACACUAUUUCCUUUAUAAGUACUUUUUAACUAUCACUCUUACCCAUUUGACGCAGAAUGGCGACGUGGCGAGACCAAAUUCAGGCUGGCCAUGGAUUUUACUGAUAGUUUGUUACUGCCGAUAUUUGUUUUAAAAGAUUUUUCACUACAUAAUAUAGCGACAUGAAGAGUGACAGUCUAAUUCCUACAUUUGAAGACGCUAUGUAGACUGAAUACGGAUUUAUUUUAAUAUCACGAAGCAGUAGAGUCCAUCUAUCUGUCAAUAUGUCCGAACAUCACGGAUAAAUGGGUGAACGAUAAUGUCUUUUCCGAGUCGGCGGUGGAAUGGGAAGCGACGUGCAAGCGCAUUGGCGCUGGUGGUGUUGGCGCUAGGGUUUGCUGUGCAAUUGCCGCGACGCGCUCAUUUCAUCGCAGAGUUCCCGCGCGUACAACCUUCUGCGCUUGCGCACGUACUGGCAGACUACUCACACCGGCAUGACGGCGGUGCAUGGAGUUUAGAACACGAGGCAAACAACUACACAUCAUGGCGGUACACGGUGUCAUACGAGUGCGGGGAGCGGUGCGCGGGCCGCGCGUAUGUGGAGGCGCACGAGCCCGUCUCCGGCACGCCCCAGCACGGAGCUCAUGCUGCGGAGCAUCUCGUACGUGUGAGGGACCAGCGCUGCCGCCGCCCCCCGGUAUUGCCGUGGCCGACAUUCUGCGAGGAGAUCGACUGGGUGGCGCGCGUGCAGGGCUCGGCGGCGGGCUCACGCGUAGAGGAAGAAGGCACGGCGUGGUGUAGCGCACUGCGCGUGCUAACGGGUGCGUGUGGCCACGCGCUGCAGGAGCAGCUCGAGCGCCGCCACCAGCGCAUGCGCCUUGCCGUACGCGCCUGACUCUACUCAAUCUCAUAACAAACACUAGAGGCCGUACACAUAUUGCCUUUCACAUCCUUAUGCCGGUGCCACAUAGAGACAAAUAUUUGAACAAAGACUUUGCCACACAUUUGAAUACAGUUUUCCUGGACCUGCCACACAGGCAUUGCAAAUAAAUUCGCUCACAGUAUGCGCAAGUAUGGUAGGAUACGCAAAGUUUUAACAUUGAACGCUUGGAUGUGUGGUCGAAAAACCGAUACCGAACGGCAAAUACGCAAACAUUUAAACAAACUUUGCACAAAUACGCAAAUACCCGUGCUCCAUAUGUGUUCAAACAAGUGUUCAAAUAAGUGUUCAAAUAUUUUUGCUAUGUAUGGCGCCGGCAUUAAGCUAAUAGAAAUCAAAAAAUGUAUGCAAUCGAAUAUCCUAAUGCCUAAACCUAUCGCUAGAAUAUGCCAUUUCCAUACACUUUUUUCGUUUUCUAUUAGUAUCAACGAUUGUAGAAAGACAUCUUGUCUCCGGGCCCUGUACAGGGCCGUAGCUAGGGGGGGGGGGGCAUUGAGGGGAAAUGCCCUACCUUAAAAUGCUAAUGCCCUACCUUAAAAUACUAAUGCCCUACCUUAAUAAUUAACAAAAUUGUACAUUACUACUCAAUGAAUAUAUACGGAGCAGCGGUUUUAUUUUACGAUUUGGAAGUUGGUCCCAUAGUAAGAGUGAGAUCUAUGGGAAUUUUGUUACAAUCUGUAUAUUACCUUAACAAUUACGUAACUUAAUGAAGGUUUUUUUUUUUUUUGCUCGUCUCCACAUUUUAAGGAAACCAAGAAUCGAUUCCACAGAUCAGAUGUAACAUUUUUAUUUCCGCCCUGCUUGUAAACACAGCUGCCCUACCUUAAAUUGAAGUCUAGCUACGGCCCUGGCCCUGUAAUGUUUCAUAAUGCCACUUAGAUUAGACGGACUUAGAAGAUGUUGAUAUGAGAGUGGUUUGGUCCGAGUCUUAUUACUAGACCUGAAUGAUUACUGAUUAUAACACACCAUUAUAUUGCGAGAUUAUGACGGCAUCGCAGCCCUAUUGCUUUGAUUAAAAAUUCUAGCUGGUAGGCUGAUUGUGGGUAGUCAUGCCACUUACUACUGGACCUCUCGCUCGUUUAGACUUUGACGUGACUAAAACUUAUUCUUAGAUUGUUUCAAAGAAUGAAUUACAAUACAUGUACAUUAUCAUACACCUACAAUUUUCUUAUAAGAAACAAUCAUGUCAGUACUUAUUUAUUUAGUUUUCGGAGAUACAGAUUCUAGCAAUGUACAUAGGAUUCCUUAGUUUUUACACUUUAAUAAAACAAUGAACUUAUA